CACUACAGAAACCCUAGAUUUCUCUGAUCAAAUUCAGCUUCAUCUGAACCAACAAUGGCUCGAUCGGAGAACGAAACCUCCAAUUCAUCGUCCGCUGAAGAAGAGGAGCUUUCAUCUGAAGGGUCCGAAUCAGAAUCCGAACCCGACAAGACAUCCACACCACCACCCUCUUCGAAGAAGUCGCAACUCACUCCCAAUUCAUCUUCCGAUGAAUCGGAGACUGAGUCUGAAUCCGACACAGAGAAGACUCCUGAGAAGUCUUUGGUACCUUACCCAAACGUCAAACCUUUAGCGUCAAAGCCCAUGGAUGAUGAUGGUGAUGACCAGUUGAAAAAACCUAGAUCUAAGAACCCUACUAUACGCUACUCACCGCCUGUUCACAAGCCAUCCACCGGAAAACGACCUGCGACGGUGGUUGAAGGUGGGGACUUGAAGCGGAUCAAGAAGAAGACGGUGGUGGCGGUGGCGGCACCGGAUGCGGAGAAUAAUGGAGAAAAGAAGCUUUUUCAGAGGUUGUGGAGUGAAAACGAUGAAAUUGAGUUGAUUAAAGGUAUGAUUAGUUAUGUUGAGGAAAAGGGUAAGGAUCCUGUUGCAGAUGUUAAUGAUUUUCAUGAGUUUGUGAAGAAAUCACUUGAUGUUGAUGUUAAUAACCGACAGAUGACUACUAAGGUUCGAAGGUUAAAGAAAAAGUUUGAAAACAAUGUAGCUAAAGUUGAGAACAAAGGGAAAGUUAGGUCUUUCUCGAAUCCCCAUGAGAAGGUAAUGUAUGAAUUGUCGAAAAGUUUAUGGGGUAGUGAUGGUACUAACAAUGCAGUUAUGAGUUCCAGGGUCAAGAAAGUCAAUGUGACACCGAAAACAAACAAGAAUCGAAAGGACAGCAAAGCUGUGGGUUCUGGAAAUGGGAAUGGAGGGAUUGAGGUGAUCCCAUUUGAGGUUGAACCGAAGGUGGUUCAUGCCGCCCCUUCUGGCAAUGAGGUGGACCAUCUUGGUUUAAUGGGGAUGCCGGUAACGGAUGAGAUGAUUAUGAAUAAGGGAUUAGAGUUGGUAUCGGGGGCGAAGAAGGUUGAGUUGCAGCAGAAGUGGAAGAAUCUUAAGGUUCUAGAACUUAAGCAUUUCGUGGAGAAAGUGAAGCUUUUGAAAGAGCAAGCUGAGGUUGUGUUGGAUGCAAUAGAGAAAUCUGGUGCCAAUUAAGGUACACUUUGAUCAUGGGUUGUAUGUGUUUAGGAGUCAUGCAAGUGCAAAGAGUUAUGUUUUGUCAUAUGUGUAAUAUGCUUGUUUGUUAUCUUUAGUAACUAGUUUGGUAAAGUGAACUCAAUCGUAUGGUAUAUGUUUCUGUCAAUGAUAUGUAUCUUCAAGAUGAACAAAUCUAUUGAGCUUGUACCCUAUCAAGUUAGUUUUACUUAUUUAAUGGUAGAUUUCGAUAAUUUUCCAUC